GUGAGGCUGAAAAUGGCGGCGAAGGCAGCGGCUCCGACUCCCAGAGUGAGAGCGGAAUCAGCAGCAGCGGCGGCAGCAGCAUGAGCGUCGCCGGUAGAAAACGGAAGAAGACCAACCUGAGCGGGUCGACGGGGCCGUCGAGGCGCGGCAAAAAGAGAAGGUCCGGGAUUUCAGCCAGAGAGAGGAACCUGCGGCGGCUGGAGAGCAACGAGAGGGAGCGGAUGAGGAUGCACUCGCUCAACAAGGCGUUCCAGGAGCUGCGCGAAGUCAUUCCCCACGUGAAAAUGGACCGACGGCUGAGUAAAAUCGAGACCCUAACUCUGGCGAAGCAUUACAUUAUGGCCUUGACCAACACCGUUUGUGAUAUGAGAGGCGACGAGAAGCCUUACAAAUUUUUAGAUGCUUUCGUGAACCAAGAUGACAACCCAAACGACGACAUUGGAGAAGACGCGGAGGACGAUGAAGAGGACGAAGACGAGGAAGAGGAAGAAAUGGAAGAAAUCAACAACAAUGAAACCACGCCCGUGUACUAGCAGCAAAGCGCCCAGAUUCCGUUGGAAACCCAAGCCAGCUGCGUCCCACGGGAGCCGCAGUCGGUCCAAUGGCUUACGGUUUCUCAGUCAUUAUGAAGAGAAUUGGAAAUACUGCGGGGUCGGGGCAUGGCAGUCCCCGUCACACACGAUGGUUAUCUUUCACUCGGGACCAAGCAUUCCAUGUUACAAUGUUUUGUUGAAUGUAAUUAAGUAUGUUGAUGUAACUCUCGUGCCCCGACCCCAGUCCGAGAAUGUGCUUAGGUAAAUUAAUUAAAUAUUUAUAUAUUAUGGUUCUUCUGUUAAAUGUGGUUGCUGUUGAAUAUACACGAGGAUUUUGUAGCAAGAGGUUGCAAAAUACGCGUGACAUCCAUCUGACAGAAAGUGAUGCAGUGGACCAUGGCAAUUGUGCAAUACGGAUACUCAAGGUACCAAAUACUUUUCACACUUCGAAAGCAGUGACAUCGUGUACCACAAGUUCUCUCAUUUCAACUUCCUGCACAAAUAUGAAAUAUAGUGAGGCAGUGUCACAUUGUAGAAAUAAUGUUGUGAAUCAAAACUGUUGUCCAAACCCCCAAGAGUGAGCUCUAGUGAUUGUGAGGUGAAUAUGGUUUGAGAUGUAGUGCUGCUACAUGAUUUAACUUUGUGUAUUUCUUUCGAAUAAGAUCCACUGUCAACUAAGAGAAAACCUGGAGAAAAUACUUAGUUGAGGAAUAAAGAUGAAGGAUUUUUUUCUCAGAAAAGAAGAGGAGAAAAUGCGAUGAAUAGCAAAGUAUAUUAAUUUUGGCUGAUAUUCAGUUCAUCAUUGGAAGCUAUCGUAGGCUGCUCAAGUAGAGUUCAUUCAACAAGCAAUGUCUUCCAUGAUUCCUUCCACAAACAGGCCCCCUACAGUUUUCGACGGAUCCACGCUGUUGCUGCUGUUUUCAGUGGCGAGCAAGAUAUUUUGGGACAUUUCUCCUAAUACAAUUCAAAGCAUACAAUGCAUCGUAAUGAACAUGAUGACCUGAAUAUCCAAUUUACUUUUUGUACAGUUUUCUUCACUUCUUAUUUACCAGCCAUGACGUAGGUCCUGUUUGGCAGUUUUAGUCACUGAGGACCAAGUUACUUGUAAUUCAUUCCUUUAAUUUUUAAUAGCACUGCAUCACAGAUCUUAUUUUUAUUUUGCUGUACUGUAUUAUGCAGUGGACUGUUUAGAGUUAUGGAAAACUUAAAGGGAUUUCUUUGUCAGUGGUAGUGUGAAUAACUUUGAUAUUGUGUUUUGUUUUUGAAAUAUUUUUGAUGGCUGCAAAAUGUUCCAUGGUCAAUCUUAGGCAAAAUAGCAGAUCCGUCUGUAGCAAAAGACGGAACAAUUCAUUCAAAUGAAGUGUACUACUAAAGAAAGCAAUCUGAUAUGCAUAAGUUCACAAUUCUGCCUUUCAACUGCAACAUAUGCACCAUCAAAGCACUGUAUCAAGUAGUAGAAUUCUUCAAGCAGUUUGAAGAUGUGCCUUACCGAUUUUUGUAUCCCAUGUCCGUUUGCCUCUUCACUGGUUGUGGGAGAUAUGCCUUUUGAAGUAUUAUGCUUUGUAGCAAACAAAUCUGCCUUUUUUUUUUAUAUGGUUGGCCUAUAGAAUAUUAUUCUGGUUGACUAGUUUCAGAAUCGCAUACGUGAGGGGUCUUUCGAAGUUGUAAUUUAAAUUGAUCAUUGACAUGAUGUAACAGAAAAAACAAUUUUGUGUAUCUGGCCUUAGGUAUAUGGUUAUAGUUUCCCAUUCAUCUCAUUCAGUCAUUCCAUUUUUCAUCACAUCAUUUAUUUUCUUUUUAAGUUCUACUCAUUCCUUCCUUCAUUUCUGAAUGAUAAAGCAUACCUGAAAUUGCUCUUCUAAAUUUCAAUCAUCACUGCAUGUCAAUUGGACCACUUAGCUAUUAAAGUCACAGGCCAAUAUCAUAGCAAGCUCAAAGUUUUCAAAGUUUGACCCUUGUUUAGUCAUAAAUCCUUUAAAAAUGUUGACAAAUGGUGCCUUAGGAAAACCUUUUUUUAUACUUAAAGUAUGCACACAAUAUCAUGACAGUAUUAAGUAGCUUCACACUAAAUCUUGCUCCUUCCAAAUCCACCUGCUUAGCAAUUGUGUCCGGCUUGAAUAACAAGUUUUGUUUUCAUAUUUAAUUUUCAGCAUGAGUGGAAAAUGUGCACAUAGAGAGUUGUUACAAGUGAAACAAUUUCCAGUAAACCCUGUUCAAAACCAAAUUUGGUGGAAGGCAUAUAUUCUGAUUUUAUUCAAUUUUAUUAAAUGCUCUGUAACGUGUCUGGAAAAAAGUAUGGGUCUGAACUUGGAAAUUGGACAGUCGUAACGUUUCAUUGUAUAUCAGAGUAAUAUAUAUUUUAUUGUUUAUGUUCUUUGCCUUAUGGACAACCAAAGAUUGAACAUAGAAAAAUUAUAGCCAUUUGUUUAGAAAUGCUGGAUAAUCCAUGUAUGUAUAUUGUACUUUCCAUUUAUUGCACAGUAAAUUUGAAGCAAUGCAAAAAAUGGUCAUGAAGGCAGAGACAGUAUUGCAAAGUUAAUAUAUUGCAGAUAUUUUUAUCUUUAUAAUAAAAUUUAUUGUAAGAGGUAA